AUGCAAGAAGCAAACCACACAGGACACUCACAAUUCCUCCUGCUGGGGCUCUCAGAGGAUCCAGAAGUUCAGUCCAUUCUCUUUGGACUCUUCCUGUCCAUGUACCUGGUCAAAGUGCUUGGGAACCUGCUCAUCAUCCUGGCCACUACCUGUGCCUUCCACCUCCACACCCCCAUGUACUUAUUCCUUUGUAACCUGUCCUUUGUGGACAUUGGCUUCAUCUCCAUCACAGUCCCAAAGAUGCUGGUUAAUAUCCAAGAACAGAACAAAGACAUAUACUACAUGGAGUGCCUCGCUCAGGCAUACUCUUUUAUGACAUUUUUUGGAGUGGAUGAUUUCCUACUUACCUUGAAGGCCUAUGACCGCUUUGUGGCCAUCUGUCACCCCCUGAAAUACACACUCAUCAUGAACCCUCAGCUCUGUGGCCAUCUGGUUCUAAUGUCUUGGUUCAUCAUCUUAUGUGUAGAUUUGAUUCAUAUUCUCCUCCUGAUGGAACUCACCUUCUCCACAGGCACUGAAAUCUCUCAUUUCUUUUGUGAACUGCCUCAGGUUCUCAAGGUGGCCAGAUCUGAUACCCUAAUCAAUAUCAUCUUUCUAAAUGUGGUAACUGUCCUACUGGGUUUAUUUCCUGUCUCAGGAAUCAUCUUCUCUUACUUUCAGAUUGCCUCUUCUUUAAUGAAGAUGUCCUCCCUUGCAAGCAGGUAUAAAGCAUUUUCCACCUGUGGGUCUCAUCUCUGUGUGGUCUCACUGUUCUAUGGAACAGCACUUGGGGUGUACCUCAGUUAUGCCAUGAACUAUUCUUCCCACCAAAGCUCUGUAGCCUCUGUGAUGUACACUGUGGUGACCCCCAUGUUUAACCCUUUCAUCUACAGCCUGAGUACCCUGAGAGAGUCCCUCUUUCUGUUGUCCACUUUUGCUGUAUCUUCUGGAGAUCAGGGCAAUGGCCUUUAUGAUCUCCUUGUCUCUUCAGUGUGGAUCCGGGUACAGGCAUAG